AUGACCACACGAAACCUCAAUCAGACUUGGAGAGAGGUUGUCUUCCAGCAAUACGCCUCGGACCAUGCCGCCGAUGUCCCCUUCCCUGUUCGCUACCUCAUCAACGCUGAUCAGUGGCAUACGGAUAUCUGGAUAAGAAUCCCCGAGAAGAUUGACGUAUCAACCUUUCGCCGGUCGAUACUUAAUUUUGUCGUUGCCAGACGCAAUCAGGACCCCGUUUUCAGCGACAAGUACAUUUCAGUACGGCCGCGUGUGAGUCCAAUCGCUGGCAGCAGUUCGAAUUUAGCGGUGGAAAGGAAGCGUCGAGUUGUAGACAUGGAAAAGCCAACGAACAACAACGAUUCGAGUAUAUCUCGCAACGAAGCUGAGGGUUAG